AUGUACGAGUAUGACUAUCACGGUAUCAAUGGCAACGUUUCGCUUGAUCGACGAAGCGAAAUUGUGCAAUCGCCCAAUCGCUACGAGCUGGCCCUUGGCACUGCGGACAAAUCGAACAACAAUUCCCUUUCCCGGGGUGAUACCGGAUGCUACGAUCUGGGCAGUGCGGAAGCUCGAGCUAGGAACAAUGGCCACUUCGGUGGUAGCAACGGUGGUGCAUUGCACACGGUGGAUGAAAACAUGAUCAACAACAACUACCAAAACCAGCACACGAAUGGUCAAACGUCGUCCGGUGUGGGUAAUGGCAACAGUGGAACACUUCGCUCGAUUGAUGAGGAAAUGCGUAAGAAGAAGUGGCCUACCGAUCGGGCGUACUUCCUCGCGAAAGAACUGCUCAUGACCGAGCGUACGUACAAGAAGGAUUUGGACGUGAUUAAUACGUGGUUCCGUGAGGAGCUUACGCCAGAGGAUUUGGAAAAUCUACAACCUCUGUUUCAGUAUUUUGAGUCUAUGUUGGAGCAUCACAGUGUUUUUCUGCGCGAUCUCGAGCAUCGAAUAUUGCUGUGGGAAGGACGCGGUGGUCACGAAACGCAUCGUAUCGGUGAUGUUAUGCUGAAGAAUAUGGUCGUUUUGCCUAUUUACGACGAGUACGUUGAGAGUCAUCGGGAAAUUUUGGAGCGUCUGAACGAUCUGUUCGAUAACGAUGAAAAGUUCCAGCAAACGUACCGGGAGUUUGAAAUGCAGAAGGUGUGCUAUCUGCCCAUCAGCUACUUCAUUCUGAAGCCACUGCACCGACUAUUGCAUUACGAGCUGCUGUUGGAGCUGCUGCUAACCCAUUACGGUGAGGAGCAUUUCGAUCGUACCGAUUGCCACGGUACGCUGAUGAUGUUGACCCGCACGACUGAGGUGAUACGACGCGAGCUUACGGCGUCGGAAAAUCACAGCUUGUUGUGUGAAAUUCAGCGCGAUAUUGAUGGGUACGAUGGGUUGGUCCAACCGGACCGCAAGCUGAUCCGGCAGGGCUGUCUACUGAAGCAUUCCAAGCGUGGCCUGCAGCAACGUAUGUUCUUCCUAUUCUCCGACGUUUUGCUGUACGCCGUAAAGUCCCCAGUGACGCAAACGUUCAAGGUGCUCGGCCAUGUGCCCGUGCGUUCGCUGCUAACGGAAAACGCAGAGCACAAUGCGUUUGUGAUAUUUGGCGGGCAACGGGCAAUCACUGUGAGUGCGGGCACUACGGUCGAGAAAACGAUUUGGCUAGAGGAAUUGGCGAAAGCGGCCAACAGCUUGAAGUAUAAGCCCCAGACACAGUUGCCAAUCGUGUCGAUCAAAACAUGCACAUCGUCUGAGGAAAAUCUGGAAGCUUGCGGUCUGAACAGUGCCCUUGUGCCACAGGUGGCAGCAAAGCAGCCAUCGCCCCGUAACAAUACAGCUCUGCACGUGUGCUGGCAUCGUGGUGUUACGAUUUGUCUCGAUGAUCAUCUGCGCUCCGGCAGAAAUCAAAUAUCUGGCUACCUGUUGCGAAAGUUUAAGAACAGUUCUGGCUGGCAGAAGCUUUGGGUCGUGCUGACAUCGUUCUGUCUGUACUUCUACAAGAGCUACUCCGAUGAUGCGGCUCUCGCAAGUUUGCCGCUGCUAGGGUACACAGUAGGACCGCCAGGAAUACAAGAUGCGGUGCAGAAGGAGUACGUUUUUAAGCUGUCGUUCAAAAACCACACCUACUUCUUCCGUGCUGAGAGUGAGCAUACGUACAAUCGAUGGAUGGAGGUACUGCGAAGUGCCACGCAAAUUCAGGAAUCCCGCUCGUCGCCUACAAUCAACUCGAACAAUCUUAUCAAUAACAACGCUAACAUCGAAUCUAACUAA